UUGUAAACAAAUAAAUAAAUCCAAUUUUAAGACAUGUCGGCAAAACGUUGUAGCAUGAAAACACAGCGUGGACUUAAGCGUGAAGACCUAUUGGCCAGUGUCAUUAGAGACCGUACUUCUCUAAGAAACUAUUUCGACAAACUUGAACGCACAAAGUCUCAACAGCAAGUUUCUCAAAAAACAAAUUCAGCUGUAAUGCAAGUCCAGCGAGAUAGCUAUGAUCUGUUUUUCGAAAGUGCUUGCAUAAGUAUAAAGGGUUUGCCACCUAAGCUGGCGGCUGAAGCUAAGAGUCGGAUAUCACAGAUCAUUACAGAGUUCGAACUGCGCGCCAUUUCGGAGCAGGAGGAGCAGAGUGAAAAAUUGCAAGCAGUCAAAGUCAAAUCGACGAAGAUGACCGAUCCUGCGUCUAAAAUAGUCUACAAAUUUAAAGCAUACACCUGAGCAAGCUAUCCCUAAGU